AUGCCCUCAGAUCCUGUUAAUCUCAACAAGGCCUUCUCAGCAGCGCAUGCUACGACAACUUCCAUCGCUGCAUUACUGUUGUUACGAUAUGCAUCAUGGCCAGUACUUCCGCCGAGGAGAACAUCUACGCAGAACACGAAUGAGAAGGAGCAGCAUCUAGACGACACACAAAAUCCCAUGAUCAAUGGCCAAAACCGUAUGGCUAACGCGCUGACGGCGUGGGAAACGGUGUACCUACUAUACGAUACCUACGCUAUGGUUCGCACAUAUCGUAUAAAAAACCGCUUGUCAUAUCGCACUGCUUUGGGCGUUGCGGCUCGCUCGUCGCCUGUCGCUUUCGGCCAUCAUGUGUUGCUCUCAUCCGCAUUCCUCGUAUUGCAAGCAUAUAUUGCAGCGGGCAAAGAAAAAGGGAUGUGGGUGAUCACUGCAUUCUUGCUAAUGAAUGGCAGUACACCAUUGAUGCAUGCUCGAUGGUGGAAUCGGCAGCAGACAGGAACAUCGAAUACUGCAAUCGAUGUUGCUUUUUUGACUACGUUCGCUGCUUCAAGAUUUGGUGUUGUUGUUUGGAUCUUGACAAAGUACGGCCAACAUCAUGGUCUCGGCCCAUGGCAAUCAUAUACAAUGCUGAGGAAACGAUGUCAAAUCGGGACUGCUAUGCUAGUAGGGUUGAAUGGUCUCUGGUGGGCCAUACUGGCUGUUCAUGUAGUAAAGAGGAACAUCAAACGACGACUAUAUUGA